GGGAUGUGUGCUCCUCUCGCUGCUCCGUGGGAUGUUAGGAAUGCUGGGAGGAGUGGAAGAGUGGAGGAGUUACGGGGGAGUGACCAGAUAGAGAUAGAGGGAGAGAGAGAGAGGAGAGAGAGGGUUGGAGGGAGGGAGGAGAGAGACGGAGAGACAUAGAGAGAGAGAGAGCAUUUUCCACCCCCCAUCAGCUAGAAUUCACACGCAGCUUGGCUCUCUGGACGAACAGGAGACAGCAGUUGUGUGCAUAUAGUGUGAUCCAGAUACCUCCAUAAUGAACAACGUGGCAGACUGGCUGGUCCAGAACCGGGACAAGAUCGAAAAGGGUGUGGAGAUCAUGGGUCAGGCAUCCGAGGUGCUGGCCGCUACCGUGGGACAGCUGCACCCCGUCCUGGAGGCUGUCUUCAUGGCCUCCUCUGAGAUCUUCAGCAACCCCGACGGAAAGGAGGCCCGCUACCUUGCCCAGCAGCUCGAGCAGGUUAACAGCAAACUGGAGGGCAUCCAAAACGAAAUCGACCAGAUCGCACUGGAGCUGCAGAAGACCUCCAUGAACAAGCAGAACUUCGACCGGGAGGCGCAGAUGCUGAGCCAGUAUGAGAAGUUCCAGGACUUUGUCAAUGCAAGCCCAAAGUUCAAGGAAAAGAAGAUGCAAAAGUUCAUCAGCCACUUCGAGAACACGGAUGGAGACUUGAACCUGGAUGCGUUGUACAAUUCUAUGACAGGGGAAAACAUGGCAGGUGACCCUUUGCUGGAAACUGUAGUGACCAUCGAGCGACGCAACAGACGGGCUGUGGAGGACUUCUGCGCCCGCCUCAAGAAGCUGUUCGUAGUGGGCAUCAUCGCCGUCAUGGGCCAUGCAGCACUCACAGAGAAGACCGUGGGCGAGGAGAUGGUGCUUAAGUGGCAGAAGCGCAUGGAGGACGUGGAGAUCAGGAUGAAGGCGGCUGUAGAGGACUGUACACAAAACUUCGCUGUGCAGGCCAAGCUGGACCUGGAGCAACAACUACAGGAGAACCCAGGACCCGCCAACAUGGAGUUCACCAAGACUCUUCUGGAAUCCCUGGUCAAGAAGUACGACUGGGUCUGCUGGUCCAUCCGCGUCUUCAACAACCGCGAGCGCAUCUUCUUCUUCAACUGGCUGGCAGGAAAGAAGUGCCACGGCAGCGGGGGAGCCAACUGGUUUGACUUCCUCACCAAGACCAACGUCAAGGUGGUGGUGUCCUUCUGUGUGGACCCCAAGCCCAUAGACAAGGUGCAGAUCGCCGAGCAGAUCGAGAACCAGAAGCUAAAAGGGAACAUGAUGCGCGUGGCUCUGUGUUUGAACAAGAGCUUCCCCAACUGCCUGGUGCACGCCGUCAGCCACUACAAGGAGGUGGUGGAGACCAACAACUUCCAGCCCGAGUGCUAUUACUAUGGCAAACACAAGAGGGCGUACGUGUGCGUGCACCCCGAAUAGACUGGCAUUGUGUUCAAAAUGUAUGAUACCGGAGCCUAUAUAAAUGUCAUGUGGAUGUACGUGCUUGUGUGUGGGCUUGUGGCAUAUAUAUGUGUAAAUGCUGCUGGGGAGGGGGGCGGGGGGAGACAUUUCAUAGCUUUAUUAUUGUGUUUUAUUCAAAGGUUUCAGUUGUUUUUAAAUACAACAUUUCGAGAACCCAUUCAAAAGAUAUAUUUUCUUUUAAAGGUGCUGUACAUGAUUUUUACUGCCUAAAAAAGUGAAAGUGUUCAUUUUAAACGGUUUGCUUAUCCACCGCGAUGGGUUUAUAAGCACUUUUCCCAACUCUCAGAGGCUUUGGAGUCGCGAUGCUAACAACAGCUAUCAUGCUAACACACAUGUCCCGAUUUUUGGACAGUAAAAUGCUUUAUAAUUAGAUGCUGACAGUACGUGGACUUAUUUUGACCUCAAGAGCUGCUUAUACAAUAUAUCUGUACAGGACCAAGACAAAUGUUUCUCAAAUACAAGGAAAAAAUCAGGUACAGGGCCUUUGAGUUGUUAAUCACUAUGGCGACUGUCCUAAUUUUUCAUCAGUCUGAAACCCAUAAAUUCAAAGAGUUCGUCUGGUAUCACUCCAUUAAGAUUUGAGUCAGGGCCAACUGAUAAAUCAGUCAGCAGAUACAGGCACUUAGAAAUAUCAGUUAUCGGCUGAGAUCUCGCGGUCAUACCGAUAUCACACCUGGACAUGUUUUAUCUAAAGCUCCACUUCUUUUCAAAGACAUCACAACUGUAGUUCACCUUAACUACCGUCAUUACAUAAAAUUGACUUUUAUGAACCAUGUAAUUAUGGCGUUCCCUGAUAAUUAGCUUACCCAAAGUUGUAUUUUGAUUGAUUUAUGCUUUUUUUUUGUAAUAUUGCAUCAUCCAGCAAUUGAGACUUGGGUACCUACCUACCCCUAUCCCCGCCCACGGCUCUGUAGGUACAUGCAGUAGGCCCUUUUCACGCUGCUGCCGGUUCGCUCUGCUUCUCUAAAAAGUGCAGAUCUUCACUUCCCGAUCCAGUCAUCCAGUCUUUUUUGGGAAUUAGUCAAGUCUCACUAAAAUAAAUCAAUAAUGAGGCAGCGGCCAGCAGGUUACAGAUGGAUAUCACAGAUGGCAUGUUAAGACUUUUACUAUGAUGUAAAUAUGUCACUGGAGGAACCUUCUCUGUUUAUAAAAGUAGUAUUUGUGUCUCGAUGCUAAUGCUAACCUAAUCUAAACACAGAAAAACCCAUCUAAUGAUAAGCUGAUUACUUUUAUAUGCAAGAUUAUUGAUUGAUUGAUAGAUUGUAGUAAUAUUUUAACAUCAAUCAUUUUAAUUUCAGUUAGCAUUAGCUUAGCCUGUUAUUUAGAAAAAAAAACAGACUUCGGAUCAUACAUGUAGGGAUCAAAAAUGUAUCUGCCAUUUUUCAACACUAAAAGCACAUUAUUAAAAGUCUGCUGUUUGGCACGGUAAAAUUACACUAUGAGGGGGCGGGGCUUGUCAGCUCUGCAGUUCUAACAGGGAUUCAACCCAUUUUGAAAAUUAAGCCAUUUUUAGCUCAAUAUUGUGAUUUACAAUGAACAAAAAAGCAUGUCUUCUAUCUUUAAAAAGUCUGUCAAAACAUCUAUGUGUCACUGUUGAACCCUGUGUGUAUCACCAGUUUUGGAAAAAAAAAUACAAAAUACAAAACAGAUGUAAGAUAUAAAGUGAGCGCAGAGCAGUGGGCGUGUUUGUGGGGUAGGUGAAAACAGGAAUUUUCAGAACAAUGGAUUUCUUUAAAGAUUACUCAAAUGUACACAAAUUGUUUUUUGUCAAUCAGUUUUCCACCUGAAAUUACAACCACUGGAAGAGAUCCCAGACUAACCGCUUUGUGUAGAACUGUCUGGCCCUCAGGCUGGGGUGGGGGUCAGGCUCAGGGUGAGGAGAGGGUGGGGAUGGGUGGAGAUGGGUGGGGAUAGGUGGGGUUGGUGUGGUUGGUGUAUAUGACAUGUACAUAUCAUAUUGAGUCUUAUGCUAUGACUGAGUUGGUUUGAAUGUCGCCCCAUGUCCCUGCAUUUCACUGUGAAACUGGACACAGACAUUUUGCGGUGUCUCAGAGUCUGCUGGCUCAAAUGUAACCCACUCAUCAUCAUUAUUCCCAAAUGUUAUGAGACAGAGCUGUGGGCAGCGCUGGUCACUAUUUCCCAUUCGUUUUUCCAUUUGCGACUCAGUGCGUUGUGCUUAAAAAAGUACUUUAAAGAAGGGGUAGUACACUUGUGUGGGGUAUUAAUUAACACUACAUUUAUAUCACCAUGUUACCUUUUAUUGUUUUGAAAAUGCUAUAAUCGCAACAUCGCAACAUCUCUAUGGCGAACUGAUACUUGCAGCUGAUGUCAACGUUCCCUCGAAGCUAACUAGAGGCACUUCUCUGUCUGAAGCUCUGUUGCUCAAGUUAGACGUCUUUGUUUUAACUCAAUCUGACCAUAAUCACAUAACUUAGCUGGAGUUUUAACAGGUGCGCCAGUUUGUGCUGUUACAAGUCCUUCUCAAAAAACAUUACAGUCACAAGCUAGCUAGCGUUAGCCAACAGUUUUUCAGUUAGCAAUUCUCACCUUUUUUGUUGAAAAUUACUUAAGCAGGACCAUGAACGCUUGUAUUCACACAGGCUCUUGUAAAAGUGUUGUUUGUGUCUUGAGCUUUCAGACAAUCAAAUAUCAGUCUGUGUUUGCUAAUGUGUACAUUGUGUCACCUUGGUAACUGAUGAGCAUUCCGCCAUAGACAUACACGCAGCACACCCCAGCGUGAUGUCACUUCAAAGUAUCAAUAGAUUCCAGACUCUCCACCUAAAAAAAUGAUUCCAAAGUGUGAAAGUGUGGCCCACAGCAGGAGUUUUGUAAGUUCUGUGUUCACCUCAUUUGAAUGAAACCAGUUUGAUAUGUUGUUUUUACUCAUAUGAAAACUUCCAGGGAAAUCAGGAGUGUUUAUUUUGCUGAACAGGUGAACAAACACAGACUUCAAUAAAAGCUGAAGUCACCAGUC